UGGAAGGAUGACAAGUAUUACCAUCAACACCCUUCCCGCAAAAGACUAAGGGAUGCCUGCCUCGAACGAGUGAACUGGGAAGCACUGUGCAAAUAUGCCUCCUCCAAAAACUCAGGCUUGUCGUGCAGGCUGCUCGACGAGAGUACAAUUGGUGGGGUGCAUCUUGUUCGCCUACUUGCCUUCAGAGACACUCAAUGGAUUGCUAGAGUCCAGCUUGAACCAUCAAGGCAAUCAACGACAAGCCUCCUGAGUGCUGAGAUAAACGCAAUGGAACUUGUCAGAGCUCGAACAGACAUUCGCGUGCCUGAAAUCUAUGGAUACGAGACCAACGAUGACAAUAGCGUUCAUGCCGCGUUUAUUCUUAUGGAGUUUUUGCCCGGUUCUUCAGCGAUGGAUGCUAAUGGGGGCUAUGAAGUUCAUCAGGGACAGUUCCCCCUUGAAAAGAGAGUGGUCUUCUUCAAGGAAGUUGCAAAUAUACAGGUCCAGCUAUGCUCGGUCAGGCUUCCAAAAAUUGGUUCUGUCAUUCGGCGUGAUGAUGAUACCUUUGACGUUGGACCGCUUCCGCGGCUGGGAGGACCAUUCUCGACAGCGACCGAAUUCUACCUCGCAUGGGCGAAACAUGCAAAAUUCCCUACCAGUGACAGCGAUAUUCGAAAAUUCAUGCAAUGUGGGCCAGUGGAUGAUAUUCUAAGCUCUAUACACAAAUUUCCAGACGGCCUACGAGACCUGGCCAGCAAGAUAUCAGCAUGUGAUAACGGGCCUUUCCCAUUAUACCAUCCAGAUUUCUAUCACAGCAACAUCAUUGUUGAUGAGUCUUUCGCGGUUCUUGGUGUUAUUGACUGGGAGGGGGCCUGUACUGUACCCUGGGAGUUGGUUGAACCACCGCUAUUCCUCUGUACCGUGCCGCCGGCCAUGGACAGCCCGAAUAAUUACAAUGCAGAUGGGCAGCACAAGGAUAUCAAUGUCAUACAUCGCUUUAGGGAGCGGGCCCAGUAUGUUCAGUUUGUCCAAGAGAUGGAAGAGGAGCUGGGUAUGGAUCAGAGUUUGUCCCGAGUUCUGAUGGAUCCCGAUAUCCAAGGACUUGCUCAUGCGAUAAAAGUGUACCAUGACCCAGGAAAAUUAGGGUUUUACUGUAAUAUACUAAAGCCUUUCAAAGGAUAGAGAGUCUACCCACCCCCUUUAAUUUGCCUUUUGCUGGACUUGAAGACGGGGAAAUGAGAUCAUGUAAAAGGCUGCGAACCACCAUCUCCCAGAAGACGACCC